UUGGAAUGCAGCGCCGAGCGACUUUGGGCCAGCUUACUGGUGCAGAGUGCUUCGAGCAAAGAUGGCAAAAGAGCCGUGCACGUUUAUCUGUUAACUUCCUGGCUAAAUUCGUUGCGGAAACGCUUCCCAAGCAUAUUCGAUUGCGCUGCAUCAGUGAAAGAAGUGAAUUCGUUGCUCGAUGUUCUCGACGAAGCUCGUUUCGUUGCUGACUGUCGCACAGACCCUGUAAUUUUCCUGGAUGCCCUUGAUACAGCCUUUUUGGGGCUGUCGUUCGACCGAGUAAUUUCGUUACUGAAAGCGGUAUCAGAUCAUGCAGCUGUAGUUGCUCGAGUACAUGAAGAAUGCUUAUCUGUGCGCGACUGGGAAAGACUGAGCUCAAUUGCUGCAGUAACGUGCUCUCUCAAAGUGAGCGAAGACGCGGCAUCUGUUUGUGCAGCGACAGUCACGUACAGGAAGGGAAGGAGAAUUGUGACGAUGGAAACAGUGCGUGUCGACGAUUCGUUGCGCCUGUUCUGCAACUUGUACAAAAGAAAGGAAGUCAGCAAAUUAACCAGCAUCAGUGCAGUACCGGCGAUUCCCGACAGCACAUUUGAUAUUGGACUCAAUUUGAGACAUUCCGAGUAUGAGGCCAAGCAAAAAAUAUCGUUACCUUUCGAAGCUGCUCAGAAUCAGGACGGUAUGCAUUUGUUCUUGUACUUUUUGCAUCACUGAUG